CUUGCAAGUUUGACACUUGGUUGUUACCCAAUUCCCUUGCUCAUUACUAGACUCGUUUGCUAACUGAUCAGAAUUUCCUCUUGUAUUUUUAUCAUGAACUCUUCUAUUACCCACCGUUUUUUGAGAAAUCUUCUCCAAAAGAAAAAUUGUAAUAAUAUUGUUUCAAAUUCCAUCCAACACCGAUUCAACAGUACUAAACAUAAACAAGGUACCAAACUCGAAGGUUCAACAUCAGUUAAACCAAAAACCAUUACUCGUGGUAUUUCUCCUCACAAUGAAAAAGACGAAAGUAAUUUGACCAAUUUCAAUAUAAUUGAGUCAACCCUGAGAGAAGGAGAACAAUUUGCAAAUGCCUUCUUCACAACUGAACAAAAGAAGGAAAUUGCAGCAAUGUUGGAUGAUUUUGGUGUAGAAUAUAUUGAAGUCACAAGUCCUGCCAGUUCUCCACAAUCAUUCAAGGAUUGUUCCGAAAUUUCUAAACUUGGAUUGAAAAAGACCAAGGUUUUGACACACGUUCGUUGUCAUAUCGAUGACGCCAAGAAGGCUGUUGAAGCUGGUGUUGAUGGUAUUGACGUUGUAUUUGGUACAAGUUCCUAUUUGAGAGAAUUUUCACAUGGAAAAGAUAUUCCAUACAUUAUUGAACAAGCUCAACAAGUAAUUUCAUAUAUUAAGGAACAAGGAAAAGAAGUUCGUUUCUCCAGUGAAGAUUCAUUCCGUUCUGACUUGGUUGACUUGUUGCAAAUUUAUAGAGAAGUUGAUAAAGUUGGUGUGAACAGAGUUGGUAUUGCUGAUACCGUAGGUGUUGCUAAUCCAAGACAAGUCUAUAAAUUGGUAAAAACUGUCCGAUCCAUUGUAAAUUGUGACAUUGAAUUCCAUGGUCACAACGAUACUGGUUGUGCAAUUGCAAACUCAUUUACUGCUCUUGAAGCUGGUUGUACCCACAUUGAUACCUCCAUUCUUGGUAUUGGUGAAAGAAAUGGUAUCACACCACUUGGAGGUUUUGUAGCUAGAAUGUAUGCUGCUGAUCCAGAACAUGUCAAGGCAAAAUAUAAUUUACCACUUUUGAGAGAAAUUGAAAACUAUGUUGCUGAAAUUGUAGAAAUCCAAGUUCCAUUCAAUAAUUACAUUACCGGCUUUUGUGCUUUCACUCACAAGGCUGGUAUUCAUGCUAAGGCUAUCCUCAACAAUCCAAGUACAUAUGAAAUUUUGAAACCAGAAGAUUUUGGUAUGACUAGAUUUGUUCACAUUGCUCACCGUUUAACUGGAUGGAACUCUAUUAAAUACAGAGUUGAGCAAUUAGGAUUAAAUCUUACAGAUGAUCAAAUUAAGGAUGUCACAAACAAGAUUAAGGAAUUAUCCGAUGUUAAACAACAAACUCUUGAUGAUAUUGAUGGUUUAUUGAGACAAUAUCACCACCAUGUUAAUCACCACCAUUAAAUUCCACAAUUAAAUGUCAUUGAAAUUUAAGCAUUCAUGCUUUACUUUUUGGUGAGUUUGU